AUGGAUAGUUGGUUGGUUAAUAGGGAGGGGUCUAUUUGGGUGUUCUAUCAAAAUUGUUUUCAUUGUGAGCAUGUUGGGGAAGCUCCCCAGCAUCUUACCCUUAAACUCACUUCCCAGUUCUGCCCGAUUUAUUUCUCUUUCGUCCAUGCAAAGUGCACAGAGCAGGAGCGCACUCUACUCUGGUCAGCCUUGUUAGAUGAUAAUCCAAUGAAUGAUCCAUGGCUACUGGCAGGGGAUUUUAACGUCAUCAUUAGUGAAGAGGAGAAGCGGGGAGUUUUGCCUGUUAUGCUUGAUGAAGGAGUAGAACUGCGAACAUUUAUGGCUAUGGUGGGAGUUGGUGAUGCAGGAUUCUCAGGGCCGCGGUUUACAUGGUGUAAUAAUAGAGGAGGGCACGCUCGAAUUUGGAAGCGACUGGAUAGAGUGCUUUUUAACCCAAUUGUGGCUCUAUUGGGGAUGAGUUUAUUGGAUGUCAUUAGGGAAAGCUGGGCAACCUACUUUCCGGGGAGACCGUUGCAGCGGUUGGCGGCCAAAUUAAGGCAUACUAAGCAGGGAAUCCAGCGCUGGUCGCGUGAGCACUUUGGGAAUAUUUUUGAUGCAGUGAAAUGGGCAGAGAGCGCAGUAAUGAUGGCAGAGACAAAUUUUGAUACUGACCCAUCACAACGGCAUUGGGGUGGUAAUGGGGAGUGGUUGACAGAUGAAGAUCAGAUCUCGGCGAAGGCAGUGGAGUUUUUUAGGUCUUUAUUCUCAGCUGAACCUUGCAUGGGGUCAGGGAGCAUUUUGGACAUGAUUCCCAAGGUCAUUUCACGCAAGCAGAAUGCUGAGUUGGAGCAUCUCCCGUCAUUGGAGGAGAUCAAAGAGAUAAACUCUCCCCAUGAUUUCAAUCAAUUUAGACCCAUAAGCCUUUGUAACUUCGUCAACAAAGUCAUUUCAAAAACCCUGGCUACACGCUUGUCAAAGGUUUUGCUAAGUAUUAUAUCCCCGCAGCAGAGUGGCUUUGUUAAGAGCAAGCAGAUUUUUGACAACUUCUUGUUGGCCCAGGAGUUGGUGUCUGAUAUUCGGCGGAAGAACAAAGGGGGAAAUGUGGUGUUAAACCUUGAUACGGCCAAAGCCUAUGAUAGAGUCUCCUGGCCAUUUCUGUUACAGGUGUUGAGAAGGUUUGGGUUUGACAAGGUGUGGAUUGAUAUGAUAUCGAGGAUUAUUUCGAAUGUGUGGUUCUCAGUGAUAAUUAAUAGUGCGCCUCAGGGUUUCUUCAAAUCUAGCCGUGGAUUGAGACAGGGAGGUCCGAUUUCACUGGUGCUCUUUGUGAUCAGUGCGGAAGUUUUCUCGCGCCUUCUUAAGUCUUUGGGCAGUGGCUUCACUCCUUUUAGAGUUCCGCCGGGUUGCCCGCCUGUCACUCAUUUAGCUUAUGCAGAUGAUAUUAUUAUCUUUACAAGUGGGUUGAAGCGGUCGGUGCGGUUGGUUAUAAAGGCUCUUGAGGAUUAUGUUUCAGUGUUAAGGUUUUUUCUGUUUUGGCUUCUCGUGUAUGAUCUCUUUACAUUUGGAUGA